AUGUCCGGCAUUACAUCGAGAUUAGUGCCGUCGAUACCAUUGAAGACAGCUUUUCAAAGACGCUCUUCGGCACCAAAUAUGGAGAAUUUGUCGACAAUUAGCUUAAAGUCUGGCUCUCAGCCAACCAUAGUUGCCAUUCCUCUAUAUAUCAGAAAUCCAAUGUCUUCUAAAUAUCCAUCAAUUGUCGAGUUAUUGCAAUCGGCUUUUAUGCAAACAGAUGUCCAAAAUAAUAAACAUUUGGAUACAAACAGCAAUUCCGAUACUAAACAACAAUCAAUAAAAAAUAAUGUCAAUGAAAUCAAAUCUAAUUAUACGACACAACACUAUCAAACGCAACAAAAAAUAUUGGAUCAAAAAUAUUAUCCAAAAGAAGAAUCUCAUAAACAAAAGUAUAGGGAAGAGUUGACAGCAAAUGAAUCGGAAGGAAAUGGAUUCAAUGAGCCAACUGUUCCUCAACAAAGUCGAUCCAAUGUCUAUCAAAUAAGUAAUUCAAAUCAUAACACGGAUACACACAAUAAGUUUACACCAUUAAGACCGAUGACUUCCCAAAGUUAUUUGAUUGAAGAUCAAAGAAAACAAAAUCCUAAUCUCUAUGAUUUGCAAACUAAUGGCAACAUUCAAAGCAAUAAUAAUAAUAAUCAAUAUUAUGGUAAGACUAAUGAUAAUUCAGAUAACGAUGGAAACAGCGAUUCAUUUUAUACCAACUCUGAUGCAAAAAGAGAGCCGACAGCACAUAGUUUUGCAAAUUAUCCACCAAUUGAUAUCAACUAUAAUUAUAGAGAUGAUUAUAAAAGUAAGUCUAUGGAAAGGUAUGCACAAAAUACUAGUCCAGAGCAAACACAAAAUGAUAAAACUGAUGAUAAUAUGGAAUUUCGUUUUAUUGAUUCAGACAAUAAUUAUUCUCAAAAACCGGAGAUAAAAAACAUAAAUUUCAAUUAUAAUAAUAAUAAUAACAAUUACGAUACAACUGUUCCAAAAUCGGCUGAAAUUCAGUCAUUUUCAUAUUCAAAGCCUUAUGAAACCCGACCCACAUAUUCACCAGUAGUUUAUACACAAUCACAUCAAACUUCGAGACCUGUUAGCAAUAAACAUAACUACGAUAAUGAUUUUGCAACUAUUAGUAAACCAAUGCCUAUUAGUUCAUCAGUAAGUAAUCCAUCACUAUAUUCUUCAAUUGCUGAUCCACCAAAUGGUUACAAUCAAAAUAUACAAUCCAUACCAUCAACUAAUUAUAAUACAAACUUUCAGCCUAUUAUCACUUAUGCUAAUCAAAAGAAAUCGAAAAAUAGUUACAAUUCUGUAAAUUCUGUUUCAUAUCCGAUCCAAUCGAGCGCUUCCAAAGAGUAUAGUAUUUCUGAUGAUCCGGAAUGUGAUGAAAACAAUGACUAUAAAAGUUUAUCGGUUACACCAAAGCCGGACAUUCAAAGCGCCAGUAAUGGCAAAUCAAACGACCAAAUGUAUGGUUUGGCCACAAAAGUCAUUGAUGGAGAUCAUUAUGAAACCGAAGAGUUUGAUCCGACAAAAAUGGAUUUAAAAAUAAUUCAUUUGCCGAUUAGUAUAUUGAGACGUCUGGUUAAUAGUGGACACAUUUCUUUACCCGGAUAUCAAUAG